AUGAAACUUCUCUUGCUACCGGCAGUGCUUGCCUUAAACAUCCUCAUCUCAACAACAGACUCGUGGGUUUCAAAAUCCCCCAGGUACUUGGAGUGGGCGCUUAGAGAAAGAGGCCACUCAGUGAAGGUGGUGGCCUCUCUCAACCCGAACACGGAGGUGCCCCCUGUCGAACAUGAAUUGCACAGGGAUACGUUGGAAGAUUUUGGUGAUGGAGCGGCUGCGGGCGGCGACUUCAACCACCUUUUGCCUGCUCACCAGACGUACCUCAAGAAUGUACGCAGGGUCAAUGUGGCCAGAGGAGCCAAAAACACCAUAUUGAAGAGAGAUCUUGAUGCGCUUGAAAGAGAAUUUUCACUGCAAGCGGUUCAAAACGAACUUUAUGGCCAGGACCCGCUCAAUCGUAAUUUCUGGUAUGUCGACGGCACCCCGCUAGAGGCGCUUUCGUUGGCGUUUGACGAGAUCUUGCCCACCCACGCUCCAGACUUUGCUCCAGACUUGGUGAUAGUCGGCCCCAACGAAGGGCUUCACUUGACGCCACCAAACUCAGAUGACGAUGUCGUGGUUGAGGACCUUGACAAUAUGGAUGACAAAGCCCAUGCGUUGGCAUUGCUUGCGCAGCUCCACAAGGUGCCGGUGAUCACUGUCUCUAGUGAGGACCACGACCGGGUAUACUACAACGACGAUAGGUAUUUCAACGUGGAGGUGGCGCAGUACAAGGAUGCCUUCAAGGCCAACCCCAUAGCCAAAAAUGUGCAGUUCGUCAACGACAGAAUUGUGCACCUUAUAGAGAAGGUGGUUGGCAGCUCCUUGGACGCCUCGCUUCUGCUCAACAUCAACUUUCCCUCCAUGAAUCACAAAUACUCUAAUUGCUUUGCCACAAGCCACCAUGGUCCCAAAUUUGCCCAGGUCACGGCAGCCAAGCCCAAAUUCCGCAUGGGCAAAAUUGUCAGUGUACCUCGAGCAGACCUCCGAAAAAGAGCUCAAGACAGCGAAACCAGAGUGUACUUCAAGCUUUCCGAGGAUCUGGACAGUAUGGAGCCCCUUCUGGAAAUAGAGUUGAGGCGAAUGCUGGCCAUUGUCUCGAAACCUGGACAUGAAUUCGAAAAAAACGAUCUACAUAGUUACUACAGCAACAAGCAUGAGCUUUCAGCGCUCCAGCGGUGUCAAAUUGCCGUUAGCGUGAACCAUGUCACCAAGGGCAACAACUUGGGCACCGAUGUCUUUCGCGUCCCCCACUAG